AAUACGUUUCCGUGUUUUGAAUCUCCCAGCGAUACAAAUUUUUGGGCUCACCUUGAAAGUGCCUUCAAAAAUAUUAAGAGAUUUACAAGACAAGAGGAUCUUGCGCUGUUGUCAUCUGAAAUGCAAUCUUUGAGAAACAUUUUUCGGAGGCCAUGGUCCUCAGAUGCGCGACUCGAUGAUAUAACAGUUGUCAUCACUGGAGCCAAUACUGGCAUCGGCAAAGAGACAGCUCUGGAUCUGGCAAAGAGAGGAGCCAGAAUCAUCAUGGCUUGCAGAGAUAUGGAGAAAGCAGAGUUAGCACUGAAAGAAGUUGUAGAAGGCUCCGGCAAUAAAAACGUUGUCAUCCUAAAGCUUGAUUUGACAGAUACCAAGUCGAUCAAGGAGUUCGCAGAGGUCAUCAACAGGGAGGAAAGCAAACUGAACAUCCUUAUCAACAAUGCUGGAGUAAUGGUUUGUCCCUAUGGGAAAACAGCCGAUGGCUUUGAGAUGCAGAUCGGUGUCAACCACAUGGGUCACUUCCUGUUGACGUACUUACUGAUUGACCUGAUCAAGAGAUCAGCCCCAUCCAGGAUCAUCAACGUGUCUUCCAUGGCCCACAGCUGGGGCACCAUCAACCUGGACGACAUCAACAGUGAGAAGGGCUACAACAAGAACAAGGCUUACAGCCAGAGCAAACUGGCCAACAUCCUCUUCACUCAUCUACUGGCCAAGAGGCUAGAAGGUACCGGUGUGACUGCCUACUCCCUCCACCCUGGAGUGGUCCAAACUGACCUGUGGAGACACCUCAACCCUGCACAGCAGGCUGUCAUGAAGAUGGUCAGCCCGUUCACCAAGAACUCAGUCCAGGGAGCUCAGACAACCAUCUACUGCGCUGUGGACCCUGGACUGGAGACCAAGAGUGGUGGAUAUUACAGUGACUGUGCCCCUGCCACCUGCUCCAGGGCUGCCACAGACGACAGCGUGGCUCAGAAACUGUGGGAUCUCAGCUGUCAGAUGCUCUCUAUAUCCUGGGAUUGAUGUGUGUCGACGUCAUCCAACUGCUACCUUUUGAAAUAUGGUUGAAGUUUACACAGAAGGACGAAGUAGAGAUUCCACAUACAAUUAUGGCAUUUAUUUGUUUUUUCAUUCCAUCGUCAUCAUGCAAUCGUAUAUGAUUUGAUGGUAUAUUAUGAUCCAAGUUGUUUUGCACAGUGUUAACUAAUGUAUUGUUGUUCCAUUCUGAAGUGCCAUGCCUGAAAGUAGCUUCUUGUGUUUCUAUGUGUCUGAAGUAUGUAUAUACAUUCCUUGGGGAGGAUCAAUGAUGCAAUUAGGGAUUUGUGGACAGGUCUGGCAAAAUGAUUCAAUGGGUUAUACUUAUUGUAUAAUUCAUAGCUUUAAUAAUCCAUAUUAUUCAAUAAUCAAGUAUUACAUCAAAGCAAAUAUUUAUUUUAUAUUGAGUUGUACUAAACCACCACUCAUGACAAUAUUGCAAUUAUUAUAAAUAUUUGCAUAAUAUUUUGUGCAGAAAUGAAAUACAAAUGAAAAACUUAUAUUUUUAGCACCAUAAUCCCAGGCUUUGAACUUUGUACUGUAAUUGGUUGGGAAUGAGUAUAGAACAUUUUCCACAGAGGUGUAACAUUGAGCAGCUUACUCUCACAAACCGAAGAUUGAUGUUCCUGUAGACGAGUACAUAUAUACUGUAUGUAAUAACAAUAUACAUUUGCUUGUGGGCCCUGGCGAGUUAUUGCUCGUAACCUUCAUCAAUAAAUGAUUCUAUUCGGUGAAUAGACAAAUUGACAUCA